AAAUAUGAGCGAAGAAGUUGCCAAGACUGUGUUCAUAGGAGGGAUCAACAGGGAUGUGAAAGAUGAUGACCUCAGAAAUAACUUCAAGGAGUUUGGAAGGAUCCUAAAUGUUAAGUUAAAGGGAGAUUAUGCUUUUAUUACUUAUGAUGAUGUCCAUCAUGCUGAUAGGGCUGUAAAGGCCAUGGAUUCUGCGAAGAUUUGUGGGAGGAAGAUUACUGUUCAGAAGUCUUAUGGUGGCAGAAAGGAAAGAGACAAGGGACCAGUGGGGCAAGACGUAUGCUUCAAUUGUGGUUCAAAGGGACACUGGGCUAAUGAGUGUAACAAUGGCGACUGGAGUAACAAGUGCUACAACUGCGGAGAGUCUGGCCAUCUGAAGAAGGACUGCACUAAAUCUCCUAAACCUCCUAGAAGGGAUAGAAGACAAGGAUACGGACGCUCUGGAAGUCGUGGCUCAAGAGAUAGAAGAGACCGCAGAAGAAACUAUGGUGACAGAAGAGAUGACAGGAGAGACGACAGAAGAGAUGAUAGAAGAGAUGAUAGAAGAGAUGAUAGGAGAGAUGACUAUUCCAGGUCUAACAGAGACAGAAGAGAUCGUGGAAACUACAGAAGAGACCGUGACUAUGAGAGGAGAGAUGAUAGAGACUACAGGAGAGAAGACAAAGAUUAUAGAAGAGACGAUAGAGAUAAUAGAGACAAUAGAAGAGACAAUAAAAGAGAUGAGUUUGGAAAUGCGAGUAGGAGAGAUGAUGGAUAUGGUAGGGAUAAUAGAAGGAAUUCUCAAAGAGAUAGCAGAAAAGAUUCACCGAGAGAUAACAGAAGAAGCUCUCCUAGAGAUAAUAGAAGAGACUCUCUGAGAGACAAUAGAAGAGACUCACCAAAAGGUAGAAGAGACUCGCCAAUAGACUUGCCAAGAGACUCGCCAAUUAACUCCCCAAGAGACUCUCCAAUAUACUCCCCAAGAAAAUCUCCAAGGAACUCUCCAAUAAACUCUCCAAGAAACUCUCCAAGAUACUCUCCAAGAGACUCUCCAAGAAACUCUCCAAGAGACUCUCCAAGAGACUCACCAAGAGAUUCAUUAAGAGAUAGGAGAGAGUCUCCAAGAGACAGAAGAAGCUCCCCUCAGGAUAAAAGAGAUUCUCCUAUCGAAAGAAAAGAUGACUCAAGAGAUAGAGGAAGAGUCGAUAGUAGAGAUAGAAGAGAUCAAAGCAGAGAUAAAAGAGAUGCUAGUAUGGACAACAAAAGAAGCAUUAGCCCAAACAACAGAAGAGAAUACUCAAGAGAAAAAGGCUCAAGAGACAACAGAACACCUCCAAGAAACAGCCCUAGAAGAUCAAAAUCCCCUCAAAAUAACUCUCCUUCUCAAAAAGACUUAAGUCACAAAAGUGAUAGCCAAGAGCGUAACUUUGACAGCAAGCGUGAUUCCUUCCGUGAAGAAGAAAAGCACCAAGCUACUCCUGAAAAAGGUUCUAAUUCCUACAGAGACAAUCGCUCCAGGAGAAGCCCUCGCAGAAGAGACUUCAGAGACACUAGACCUAGAAGAAGGAAUGACUCUCGUGACAAAAGAGAUAACAAUAGAGAUGAUAGAAGACAAGGCUAUAGAACCAACAGACAGGAUUCAAGAGAUGACAGAAGAAGAAAUGAUAAUUACAGGGAUAAUAGAAGAGAUGACAGGAGGAACGAUAGAAGAGAUAAUAGAAGGGAUAAUAGGAGAGAUAAUAGAAGAGAGGACUCUAGAGAUAGAAGACAGGAACCCAAAGAUAAUAAAGAAGGCUAUAGACCAAGAAGAGAGGAUUCUAGAGGAAGGAAAGAUGACCCAAAAGAUAUAAGAAAUUAUUCAAGAGAUAAAAGAGAGGAUUUGAAGGAGAGAAAGAAUGAUUCCAGAGAUAAUAGAAACGAUUCAAGAGGCAGAAGAAAUGACUCGAGAGACAGAAGGAAUAAUUCUAAAGAUAGAAGAGAUGAAUCAAAAGAUAAAAGUAACUAUUCCAAAGAAAGAAGCAAUGAAAAGAAUAGAAAUGAAGACAAAAAUGAAACUAAGAGAGAUUCUAGAGAUAAAUAUGAAGAAAGGAAAGAUAAAAGACAAGAUUCAAGAGAUAGAAGUGACAGUCUCGAAGAUAUAAAGCCAAACAGUCCAAAAAGACAAGAGAGAAGAUCUCCUUCUCCAAAACCCCAAGACCACGGAAGCAUCCACUCCGAUAAAAUGUCAAUCGAAAGGAAAGACAGUGAUAUCUCAGUCUAAUCUUUUACUUAAUUACUCAAAAAGCUUCAAAGCAUC